AUGUCUAUUGAUAGAGCAGUCGGACACGAACGUAUCUCUCACAAGUUCACUUAUGACACCUUAAGCUACGACGCCGGUGUUCAUUAUCAGCCAUGCGUCAAGGUGUCUUUCUACUUUAAGAAACUCCCGGAUGUGUCGUACGACCACUUCCACCAGCACUGGGCGACAGUGCACGCUGACUUGACCGUCGGCUCGAAGCCCUUCGCCCGGCACAAGGUUCUUCGCUACAUCCAGCAUCACCAAUCGCCCGAGGAUAAGGAGCGAGCCAAGAAGUACGGCAGCGUAAUGGACUACGACGGCUGUAGCACGCUUUGGCUUGCCUCUUGGGAAGACUUUGACCAGUUCAUCAACAGUCCUGAGUACGCUGCGCUAUCAUCGGACUGUGACCACUUUUUGGAUGUGUCUUCCAUCACCUUGUUUGCCGGCCAUGAUAUGAUCGCAUUCGGAAAAGCCACGCCGGGUAUCGAAGACAGUGAUGGAGUGACCGAGUACGCGUCGGGCGGCUGA